AUGGAACUCCAAUUUAGAUUCUCGAUCAAAUUAAUAAAAAGUGACAUGAUAUUACCAAAAAAGAUGAAAUAAGCUUUAAACUAUAAGAAUAACUUAUGUUACAAAUUUCAUAAGGUUAAUUUUUAUAUACUAGUAAUAAGAAUUCUGCAUCUCAAUAUACCAUUUUUAUGAGUAAUUGUAGGAAAAAUUCUUUAUUUGUAAUAUAUAUAUUGCUAAAUAGCUUAAUAGAAAUACUAAAUAUCUCUAAAGUUAGCGUGUUUGAUAUUUGCUUCAUGUUUUGCUGUUGAAAUGUAAGAGGAUGUAUUUUUAGAUCCUAAUUUCUGAUUGAGCAAUUAUACAUUCAGAACAAUUUUAUUCAUGGAUAAAAGUGAUAUAUAUCUCAUGAUUUAAGGGAGGC